AUGUCGUCGAAGGCCGCCCCGCGCCGAUCGACGAUCCGUCAUCGCAAAGGAAAUCAUCAUGGUUCAACCCGCGAGCUGACCGUCCGGGUGAAUGCGCUCCGAAACUUCGACUACCCCGAGGCUAUCCUGUUCGACUGCGACGGCGUGUUGUGCGAGACGGAGCGCGACGGGCACAGGGUCACGUUCAACAUGACCUUCAAGGAGAACGGCCUGGACCACGACUGGGACGUGGACCUCUACGGCGAGCUCCUCAAGAUCGGCGGCGGCAAGGAGCGCAUGACGCACUACUUCAACACCGUCAAGGAGACGCGCGAGCCGUUCAAGUCGCAGUGGCCGGAGGACACGGAGGAGCGACGCGCGUGGAUAAAGUCCAUGCACCUGCGCAAGACGGACCUCUUCCUGGAGGUGGUGGAGUCCGGCGAGCUUCCGCUGAGGCCGGGGGUGAGACGACUGGUUAAAGAGGCGUUGGACGCGGGCGCCAAAGUGGCGGUGUGCUCAACGUCAAACGAAAAAGCCGUCAAGGGCAUCGUCAAGACGAUGCUGCCCGAGUUUGCGGCACGGAUCCCAGUCUUUGCCGGCGACGUCGUGGCGAAGAAAAAACCCGCGCCCGACGUGUACGAACUCGCGGCGAAAACCUUGGGGGUCAAUCCCGCUCGGUGCGUCGUGAUUGAGGACACGCGCAUCGGGCUCCUCGCGGGUAAAGCCGCGGGCAUGCGGGUGUGCGUGACGAAGAGCAUCUACUCGGAGGAUGAGGAUUUCACGGGCGCGGACGCGGUGUUUGACUGCAUAGGGGACGACGGCGACGAGAGGUUCGGGUUCGAGGAUCUGACCACACCGGGGUCCUUCUGGCAGGGCGACGACUGAACGACCGUAUGACCUUUUUUGACCGGAAUUGCUACUACUUGUAGUCUACGUUUGAGCGCGAUCGAUUGAUCGACGCGACCGACGACUGACUGACCGACUUUGUGACGUUUUGUGACCGUGCGUCGAGGCUGAACCCGCCGCUGCCGGUGGACGAACACGGUAACUGGUACCGGGGCGAGGACGAUACAGACGAGGAGGCCAGGAGAGGAAGCGAUGACUCACCGAGCGGUGGUGAGUCACCGGGGCGUGGGGACGACGGGCUGACCGACGCGGAGCGCGCGAUCCUCGCCGAUAUCGAUCCGGCGUGAACGCGGCGACGGAUGAGAUUAACUCGUUAACGACGAGUUAAAAGGCGCGAGCGGACGCGGGAGGCUCGAGGCGUGGCUGGACUGUUAGCCCCACGUAGACUAUCAUGACGAGAACUCAAUCGCCCC